CUGGAACAAGUGGUCUCGUGCCGGGACUCGAUAGCCCAGGAAUACCUGAUGGAGUGUCUGAUCCAAGUGUUUCCCGACGAGUUUCAUUUGGCAACUCUUCAGCCGUUCCUGAGUUCGUGCGCACAAUUGACACAGAAUGUGAACGUGAAGAACAUUAUCAUCGCUUUGAUCGAUAGGCUGGCGAUGAGCAAAGACAUCGAACUGCCCGCCGAUCUGUUCGACAUCUUCGCCAAACAGAUCUCGCAGAUUAUCACAACUAGAAACGACAUCUCACUCGAAGACAUUGUACUCAUGAAGGGAUCGUUGAUUAACUUCUCGCUGAAGAAGAUUUCCGACGUCAGUAAACGCGAAGAGAGUGUCAAUUGUGUGUUGGAUAACGCGUUGACAGUAAUUAAGGACAAGAAUCAGACGAAUGUACCGCUCAGAAGCAAUUUAGGCAAAGAGUUGUUCAAAUUCUUCAAACUUCCACUCAAUUGCGGAUCAACUAAUGGCGUGACGGGUCUGUCGCCCAUCAAAAUGAGUCUUAAACUCAAAGCGUAUAAAGAUCUGUUGAAACAGACGGCGGCCUACGAUCUGCACAAAGAGGUGACAUUGAGUCUAAUAAACAGCGCUUUGGAACACAGCACGGAUGUGGAAGCGGUGGCCGAAGAGGACCGACUGAGUCGGGCGGAGAUCGAGACAUUCCUGUCGGAGAUAUGCGAUCCGCUAAUCAACGGCAAGAACGGAGACAUCGGUGUCAUCGACGAGAACGACGAGGAUUUUAUCGACGAGCAGUUACUGUUGUCGCGAUUCAUACACUUCCUGUUUCUGCCGCAAGCGAUGCAAGAGAGCGAACACACCGGCAACUACUUCCUCCUACUCAAGGCGUUCCGCAAAACGCUGGCCGCCGGCGGA